AGGAUGAGGUCGGCUCUGGCUGUGUUGCUGGGUCUGCUGUCGGCGGCGGCCGCCGAUCAGGUGGCGUCCAGCAGCUACACGGCGCCGGAGCCCGAGUACCAGGCGCCGCAGCAGUACGACGUGCCGCAGUACGAGGCCCCCGCCGCCGCGUACGCCGCUCCCGCCCAGGAGUACAGUGCGCCGGCGCACUUCGAGUCCAGCGGGUACCAGCAUGAGGCCUCGUACUCCCCCUACAUCUCACCAGGCGGUCCGCUGAACCUGGGCACGUUCAAGGGCGACUGGAUCAUCACUGGUCUGCUGCUGGCGGGCGUGGUGGUCUGCCUCUCGCUGAUCGGCGUCAUCACCGUGCCCUUCCUGCCGUUCACGACGCAGGUGCUGCCGCAGCUCACUAACCUGUUCAAGGCGCGCGCGCUCGCUGAUUGGUCGCUGACAGACGUCGCGGACACCGUCAACAUGGUGGAGACAGCCAUCGAGCGCGGCCGUAGGUUCGUCAAUAACUGGAAACCGAAGGUGGCCUAGACCUGCGUCGCGGGUGCAUGGCUAGGGUUUACGGUGCGGAAGCACUGCUGAUUGUAUCAGAGGUUACGAGAAUGAAGUUGAUAAAGGUUAUGAGGACAAGGUGAGAAUUAAAACAGAAACGAAAAUCCAACGUAACUAAAAAAAGAAACAAGCUGUAUAUUUGUACAGGAAGUCGGCAGUGCCAUAGCGGUUUUGACGGGCGUGGAGUCGCUUUGAAGGUGGCCUGGUAGUGUUGGGAUGGUGUGUCAGUGAGUUAGAUCGCCGCGUAUGCGGCCUCAGUUCCGACGAUCUCGGUCUUAGCGACGUAGUUGGUAGCCUUAAGGGAGCUCGCUGAAGUGUAUGCACGUAUUGUGUUUACGUUGCGAGACAAACCUUCAUUUCGUGUGUUCUCUGGUGGGAUUUACACCACGUGCUUUCAUUAUUUGUUGUCGGCUGAUUUUGUGUGUGUAAAGGUGGUACGAUUUGCGAAUAAAUAAUCACCAGCGAUUUA